AUGUCAACAUGCCUAGUUUUUGUGUUUGGCGCGCUUAUCGAAUAUGCAGUUGCCAACGUGUUGGCGCGCAAAGCAAGCCUGGCUCGAAUAAAAUAUCGCAACCGGGCCGAUCAUACGACAAGAGUGAUACGGUCAUCCUUCGCCAACGAUAGGCCCUCUUGGAGGAGAGUAACGGUGCCAGGAAACGCUGAUGAAGAGGCGACUAAAGUUGACGGCGAGGAAAAAGCGGAGAAUGAGCCUGAAAUGAUGGCCAGGCCGAAAAGGGAGGCAGUUCUGUCUGUCUCCAGACGCUGGCGUUUGCCUCGCUCACGCACGCUUCUGUACCCAACAAAAAAAGACGCCUGGGUUGGGGAGAAUUGUGAUGACAAGUUCCGCGAGGAGGACGACAUCAACGAAGAGGUCGGCGAAGGCUACACGGAGCCGUGUGGAGAAGAAGAAGAAGACGCAAGCUGUUCCUGCGUCGAUGCAGAUUGUGAGAUCAGGCGCGGACGUAAAGCCGACGCUGUGGACGAGCAGACAAUGAGCUGUGCCGGUGGUGGCUGCUGCUUCAGCAAACGA